CGAUGGAAGUAGCCCGCCAGAAAGGAAACAAAUCAGCAGACGAACGCGAGUGCCCCCUGCAGGACGAAGGAGCGCGGGCCGCCAGCAGAAGCAUCCACCAGUUGGCCGUUAGCUUCUCCAAUGGAAGGAUGGCGGAAAACGGGACACGGAACCAACUGACGUUGCCUUCCUAAGUGGACACUCACCCGCUCCGCCAUUAGGCAGUUCGCAGUCACUGCAACCUUGCUGCCUUCCAGCAACUGUCAUGCCUUAUGGAGUGUUCACCCCCCACCCCCACCAGUGGCAGUGGAGCGGGAUCCACGCUUCCAGCAAUUAGCUCCUCCCUAGCGCCCUUUUCACCGUGCUGUGUGAACCGCAUCACGGCAGCGCUUUGAUUUUUUUCUCGACAAUUCCGACAAUUCAUCGCCGAUCCCCUAUCAUGAGAUUCCGAAUCUACAAGAGGAAGGUGGUGAUACUGACUCUGGUGGUUGUCGUUUGCGGCCUCGCCUUCUGGAGCAGUGGACGACAGAAGAAGAGUGACGCUUUCCCGAAGGAAGCGGCGGUAGCGGUGGUGAGGCGAGGUAACGUCGUUGGCAGCAGCAGUCUCAACAAUCAUAUCCAGUUACCAGCCACACCCGCUGCUAAGCGAGCACCCGUUCCGCCUCCGGUCGUCCAAACAAAUGAGACGCACCUGGACAGAACAAAAGGCAAAGAAUACAAAGCAGACGUGGACAACGCGACGCUGGUGUACCGCGGCAUCGUCUUCCAACUUAACUUUGACCAGACGAUAAGAAACGAGGAGAAGUUCAAAGCGGCGCGGCAGAAGGAUGACCUGGUUGUGGUGGUCCAAGUCCACAACAGACCAGAUUACCUCAAGCUGCUGGUGGACAGCCUGCGCAAGGCCAGAGGGGUGGAAAGCAUACUGCUGAUAUUCAGCCACGACUACUGGUCCCCCGAGAUCAACAAAGUGGUCAGCUCUGUGGAUUUCUGUCAAGUUCUUCAGAUUUUCUUCCCGUUCAGCAUCCAGCUGUACCCACAGGAGUUCCCUGGUAACGACCCCAAGGACUGUCCUAGGGACAUUCCAAAAAAGGAGGCCUUAAAGCUGGGAUGCAUAAACGCAGAGUACCCCGACUCAUUCGGGCACUACCGUGAGGCCAAGUUCUCCCAGACCAAGCACCACUGGUGGUGGAAGUUGCACUUUGUGUGGGACAGAGUCCACAUCCUCAAGGACCAUAAUGGUCUCGUACUGCUGAUCGAGGAGGACCACUUCCUGUCUCCAGACUUUAUCCAUCUGCUGAGGCUGAUGUCGACCCUGAAAAGGGAGCAGUGCAGUGACUGCGACAUCCUGUCGCUGGGCAGCUACAGCCACAUCGGCUACUCCAGCAAAGCCAACAAGGUGGAAGUAAAGGCGUGGAAGUCCACGGAGCACAACAUGGGCAUGGCUCUGCAUCGAGAGACCUACCAGAAGCUCAUCUCCUGCACGGACACUUUCUGCACCUACGACGACUACAACUGGGACUGGUCCUUGCAGCACCUGACCGUGUCCUGCCUGCCUUCUUACUGGAAGGUCAUGGUCAGCGAGGCGCCGCGGAUCUUCCACGCCGGGGACUGCGGCAUGCACCACAAGAAGGCCACCUGCAUGCCGGCCAGCCAGAAAACAAAGAUAGAAAAUAUCCUGCAGAGCAGCGGGAACCAGCUGUUCCCCAAGAACCUCCUGAUCACCAAAAGACUGCCGUCCAACGGGGCCGGAGGCGUGGCACCGCAUGUGAAAAACGGGGGCUGGGGAGAUAUCAGGGACCACGAACUCUGCAAGAGUUACGUUCGAUUACAGUGACCUUAAUUGCUACUAUUUGUCUUUUUGCAUCCUCUAUAAAGAACGCCUUUUCAAACUAAAUCUUUAUGGACUUUUCUUCAUAUUGCCUGUUUUACUGGACUGUUCCAAAUAAAAAUGAAUGUUGGAUCUUU